UGGUAAGUUAGAGUAGGCGGUAGUUUUAUACAUAUUUGUAUUAAAUUUCAAUGAAAAAGGAGCAAAAUUCUGGAUUGAUUUUAUCUGCAUAGUUUUGAAGGUACCUCUGUGUAGCAGACGAGUGCACUCAAAAUACCAGUAGAUCCGAUUCAGUGGCGGCACAGGACAGAACGCCAGAAUACAGAUGGCCGAGCAAUUGCUGGUGAACACGACGUUGCCGAUGGCGGGGCGCCGCCUGGACCGGGAUGUUAACCGGCUGAUGGCGUCGGGCUACCGCACCACCGUGGACGACGACAUGACCAACCUGAAUGUUUGCCUCGAGGGGCCACUGGGCAGUGCCUACGAGGGUGGCAUUUGGACGGUAAAUGUGACCAUGCCGCAGGACUAUCCGCUGACGGCGCCGCGCGUUCGCUUUGUCACCAAGAUCCUGCACCCAAACAUCGAAUUCAUCACGGGCCUGGUCUGCAUGAAUGUCCUUAAGCAGGCUUGGUCAUCCAGCUAUGACCUGGUCAACAUAUUCGAAACGUUUCUGCCCCAGCUGCUGCGUCACCCGAAUCCGCACGACUCACUGAAUCACCAGGCCGCCGCCAUCAUGAAACACUCGGAAAAACUCUUCCGCGAGCACGUUAUCCUUUGCAUGAAGACGUACGCCAUGCCCGUCAACCUUCCGACGCGACAUCUGGUGGAGGAGGGCCUCGAGAAACGCUCCUCGGAUCUCAGUCUAUCCGACCUGCUGACGGACUCGGAUGAUGACGAUGUUGGAAACAGGAACAACGAUCACAUUGCCCUGCCAGGAUCAAGCUAGCCAUUGAGUAUUCGGGAGGUCUUUUUUGUGUCUGUGUAUGAUAAAAGAUUGUAUAAGGACAAAUAUAUCGAAAUUUUAAGUAAAA